CACCAGGGAAGCCCCAUGAAUGUAGAUUCUUAAAGUAUAACACAUUUUUCUUUCUUUUUUUCUUUUUGUAGGGCAUAAUUUGAGUGUUUACCCUAGUUUUGAUGUUGCAGCAACAAGUCCCGCAAUACUGAAUCUAAACGACAGAGAGGAGAACCAUAUUGUAAAUAGAAAAUCAUCUUUGAGGGAAGACCUUGUCUUGCCCACCAUGAAACCACCCCAGAUGGACUCUAAUGAAGAGGUUAUUAGGUGUCCAGGGCCAAAUGAGAAUGUCACCACACCGAGUCAUACGGACGUGUGCUCAGAAUCUCAGGUGUAUCUGACAAUUGGUGAAUUCCAGAACAAACCAGGUUUGCCUGAAGAUGAACGUCGGACUGGCCAAAGGUCUGAUGUUGGAACGCAGCCGCCGACAGAUGAGGACCUGCCCAGGAGGAGUCCUGGUCCAGAGGAUGACCAGGCCCCAGCACUGACCUACAUGGAUGUGAAUUCUAGCAAUAAGAACCCCUGCAGAGCUGACCCCAUAGCGGUCACCAGUACCCAGCACGAGAGCGGGUGCUCUCGAGAUAACUAUGAAUUAGACAGAACUGAGCUAAGCAAAGGGGUAGCAGGUGGAGGUCAUCACGAUGCCAGCUCUUCAGAGAAAACCACACUCCAUGAGUUAAGUACUCUUGGAAAGGGAGCAGACCAGGGGAGCAAGAUGGUGCUAAGUCUGAAGCUCAUCCCUUCGGAGCCCUGUGAUCCACUCAGCUCUUCUUUGAGGGAUCCCUUGGACGUCAAGGCUUCCCCAGAGGACCCUCACUCAGAGGAGCGGGAGGGAGUGUCCGUACUCUCUGGGGUCAUCAAGAGAUCCUCGUCCAUCAUCUCUGAUUCGGGCAUCGAGAGUGAACCAAGCUCCGUUGCCUGGUCCGAGGCUCGGAGUAGAGCCCAGGAGUUACCUAGUGACCGGGAUGUCUUGCACCAGCUGGUUCGAAGACAUGCCCUACACAGGAACUCCUUAGAGGGUGGACACACAGAGAGCAAUACAAGUUUGCCGAGCGGGAUCCAGGCCUCUCUCACCUCCAUUAGCUCUUUGCCUUUUGAGGAAGAGGAAAGGGAACUGGCGCUCACCAAACUGACCAAGUCUGUCUCUGCGCCCCAAAUCAGUAGCCCCGAGGAGUCUGCUGAAGGUGCGGACUCCCUGCAGCAAGGGCGAGGUCUUCCUGAGACUUCAGCUGUGCACACCAGGAGCACGGAUCCCUCCGGACACCGCCUUCAACUGAGUAAUGCUGGGGUUCACCAUUCCCUCGUGGAGGUAGUUUCAGAUGCUGACAGCCAGCAGGGCCCUGGUUACAUAGAUAUCCCCAAAGGUAAAGAGGAUCCGCUUGAUCCUCAAGGACCCUGUUGUCUUGACGGCAGGACCGAUAACCCUCCAGGGCUUGAAACCAAAGGUCUGAGUUUAAAAAUACCACGCAUCCCAGCACUUGAAACCCCUAGGUACAGAGCUUUUCCUAGAGAACUCAUGGAGACCCCAGAGCGCAUGCCUAAAGACUCUAAUGUGGGGAAAAGAGCUCUUUCCAACAGCAGCAUCUUGGACGUUGAGCAUUUCACCCACCGUGAGGUGCCUGAAGUGAGUUGUACGUCAGCUGCCGAAAUCAUCAACCUGGAUUCAGCAGGUGAGCGAAGCAGCUCACCUGGCGUCAUUGAUGAUACAGCACUUAGUAGAGGACCUAACGCCGUCCCAGAGGAUGGACGUGAAGCAGGCGCUGCGUGCUCCACUGGGACUCACUCCGUUCACUCCCAAGCUACAGGAAACCAGGAGCCGAGGGCAGGCCCCUCCGUCAUGCUGUCCCACGUGACCUCUGCAGAGACCUUCUCUCUGGACAGCCUGAAAGCUGUCGAGGUCGUCAACUUAUCCAUGUCGUGCACUGCCACCUGUCUCCCUUUCUCGUCUGUGCCCAAGGAGACCCCUGCCAGGGCUGGAUUCUCUUCCAAACAGACCCCAUUUCCCAUCACUCAUCAACCUUUGGGUUCCUUUGGAGGUGUUCCGAACCAUGCCAGCAAGUUGGAAGAGGAAGUCAGUGAAAGGAUGUUCAGUUUUUAUCAGGCCAAAGAAAAAUUUAAAAAAGAGCUGAAGAUUGAUGGAUUUCUGUACAGUGACUCAUCUGUACUAGCUUCUGACAUACCGUAUUUCCCACCAGAGGAAGAGGAAGAAAAUUUGGAAGAUGGGAUUCACCUGGUAGUCUGUGUCCAUGGCCUGGAUGGGAACAGUGCGGACCUCCGUCUGGUAAAGACUUUCAUAGAACUGGGGCUCCCUGGAGGAAAACUGGACUUCCUAAUGUCUGAAAAGAAUCAGAUGGACACGUUUGCAGAUUUUGAUACCAUGACCGAUCGGUUACUGGAUGAAAUCAUUCAGCACAUCCAGCUGUACAACCUCUCCAUAUCGCGAAUUAGCUUCAUCGGCCAUUCUCUGGGCAACAUCAUCAUCCGAUCGGUCCUAACGCGGCCCCGGUUCCGGUAUUACCUCAACAAACUCCACACCUUCCUGUCGCUGUCCGGGCCGCACCUGGGGACCCUGUACAACAACAGCACCCUGGUCAGUACAGGCUUGUGGCUCAUGCAGAAAUUGAAGAAAUCCGGGUCCCUUUUGCAGCUCACCUUCAGGGAUAAUGCUGAUCUGCGCAAAUGUUUCCUUUACCAGCUAAGCCAGAAAACAGGUCUGCAGUAUUUUAAAAAUGUUGUGCUGGUUGCUUCUCCCCAAGACCGCUAUGUGCCAUUUCAUUCAGCCAGGAUCGAGAUGUGUAAAACGGCCCUCAAAGACAGACACACAGGACCCGUUUUCGCGGAGAUGAUCAACAACCUUCUCCGCCCUCUGGUGGACGCCAAGGACUGCACUUUGAUUCGACACAACGUGUUCCAUGCCUUGCCCAGCACUGCCAACACCCUGAUUGGCCGAGCGGCUCACAUCGCUGUACUGGACUCCGAGCUCUUCCUGGAGAAGUUCUUCUUGGUGGCAGGACUCAACUACUUCAAGUAGCGGCUUUGAGGGAACGGCCUUGGGGAGCUCACCAGACACGUUGAAGAUCCGUAAGAGCUCUGGCUGAGACAUCCUUUUACAGACCUCUGUCAUUCCAGGCUGGAGCUCAGAGAGGAAGGCGCUGAGGGACGGAGGGUGGGGUAGGACCAGACAUUCGAGGUGCUUCCACUUUGGAGAUUUGGGAAAGCUGAACCCAUAGUGUAAAAGACAACAGACUUUGCCCGAACCUGUCUAGCCAUCUGGCGUCUCGUUCAAGAUGCUUUCUAGGAAAAUUCUGAGAAAAUAAAGAAACAAUACUUGGAGUUGGUGAGCCCACCUUCUUAACUACCACUGGCUCACAGAGAGAUCACUCCAACUUAACUAGAUUUGUUCGGUGUGUAACUAGUUCAUAGCUUUAUCAUUUUUGAUGCACACAAGCAUUUCAGAACUCAGGUUAACCUCUGUGCAGAAGUGGAACAUAUCUGUGUAAAUACAGUCCUUAAUAGAUUCAAAUGUGCCACUUGUUGAAGACCAUGUGAUGCCCAUAUUCUCAUUCUCUCCUCAUGUUUUCUCAACAAGGGACAAAGGAAUGCUUUGUAAACUCCAAUUUUAUUUCAUAACAGCAGUGGGUGGGGUGAUUUGAGGUAUGGGGAGAGGCAGGUGAUGCUAUCGGUAAAUGCAAGUUUGUUGCAGAGAAAAAAUAACUGGUGAACUGGCCGCUGCAGCUACUUCUCCAGAUUUUUUCUAUGUGUAGCCUUGGUCCGCACAAUGCUUUUGCGAUUGCUGAAAUCUCUGUCUGUGGUAGGGAAGACUGACUGAGACUAAACCUAGCAGAAGGGGGCACUGAGAUGAAUGCACAUGUGUGAAGCUCCUGCUGAUACACUUCCAAAGAAAUGCUAUGUUAGCAUUUGAUGCACUUGCAAAAAAUCAAAACCAUUCAUAUGGCCAGCUGCUUCUCCUCUCCGUGGAAGGGGAAAGACAUCUAACUGGAGGAGUGCUGGAUUUAAAACCUCAGGGGAGCUCUAAGAAGGGUGCUGGUUAUCUUUCACUAGAAAUGUCUUCUUGCCUUAGGAAAAUAAAGGGCUAGGAAAGGUCACCACUGAUACAAACCAAGAGACAACAGGGACACACGUGAGAUCAGAGAUGAGAACAACAGCCAGGUCGAGGACUCACCUUAAAUGGUUACUGGUAAGUGACUUAAGGGGAAGUUUGGAAAAUUACCAGGGUGUUUAAUAUGGUCCCAAAGACUGUGUACACUCUAUGAGUUAAAGGAAGACUAGAGCAUCAGUUGUACUGAAGGAAUGCAUGACCCAGGAUCAUAGGGGUGACUGACACGGGAGACCCAUCUUCUGGAGGCAAAAACUCCUGCUGCUGCAAAAUUUGCUUCUAAAAAUGUAGAAACUCAUCUAGGACCAGAUGCGUGGUCCCAGCCCCUGGACCAGAACCUUGGUGAUGACCACCAAUGCCAUGGUGAUAAGCAAGUGAUUCUAGACUCAUCUGAGAAUUUUAGUUCCUUGCAUAUUAGCAAUGUGACUUUGGAAAACAAAGUAGACCAUGGAGAUCAAGUCCAGGUGGACAGCUUUGCAGGAGAGCAGACUUAUGCAUUCCUUAAGAAAGGCAAAGGUGGGGAGGGAGUUGAAAGACAGACUCCCACACAACAGAUGUAGGGUUUCUGUGGGUCUUCUUCAAACUUUCAUUGUAUCUUGGUCUUAACACGUAUGGGAUCAGUAAGUCCUCUGGUCACUCUCCCACUCGGUACUUUUCCAGGUUCCCGAUGAGCAUAGACUCUGGUUACUUAUGAACAAGACCAGUCUGCUAUAUAACCCAGAGGGAAUGUGCUUCCUGCAAUGCAGCCUGUGAUAUUGUGUUUCUUGGUCCAGAUAAGUGCCCAAGCGCAGUGCAGGACCAUACGUUUGUAGCAGCUUCUCCUUUUUGGCCAAAUGAGGAGCCCUGCCCCUCCGGUGAGCAUUUCAUUUUUGUGUUCCCAAUGCCCAUCAGCAAAGUUUGUCAUUCCCUGGUCAUUUGAAAGACCGUGCAGCCAGCGGUUACGGAGCCAGGGUGAAUCAAUGAUCAUCGUCUUUUCCAAUAACCAGAUGCCAUUUUUAACUUCAGUAUGUGCUGUCUGGACAUAGAACUAAUGGCAAUAAACGUCCAGCUGCGUGGUGCACCUCUUUUUUAUAGGGGUGCUCUGCUGUCUUUGUAAACCCUCUCUGGCCUCUGAGCAUCUAUUGUAACUGUGUAGAAAGUACAUCUCUAUAUUGUAAAUAAGGGUGUCCAGUGUUGCGUGUCACGCCUCAUUUGAAAAGACUUUUUUAUGUCUCUUUCUAUUGAAGUAUAGAUAUAUAAUGUAUAUAUAUAUAUACACAUAAAAAUAUAUACAUGAAAUGUAAAACAGGGACAUUCUAUUAUCGACUAUAAAAUUAUAACAGAAUGCCUGCCAACAUAGUAAUAGGUCUUCAUCCUCAGCAGACUUUCUGUUGUUUUGUUUCUAUGACUUGUUAAGUUUCUCAGAACUAGUUAGAAGUAAACAUGAGUAAUAUCGAGAUGAGCUGGAAUUUGUAGUUCAUGCGCCAGAUACACCCAGAGAAGCAGAUGUAAAUCUAAAGGGACCUUGGGGCAAAAUAAAUACCUCCAUGGCAGGUGGAAAUGAGCUGGGGUGUUGUGCACCUGGGGAGAAGGUGGACAGAAUUCGAUUCCUGUUAGUUUCUAGAGUCCACGGGUAUUGACUGAGCAACUUGCAUCCAUGCCAGGUGAGAGCACAGGGUAAGAUGCAGAGUCCCUGCUCUCAAAGAGCCCGAGGAAGAUGUGGUCUUGUUAUUACAACAUGCUAUAAUGAGGGCUUUGUUGAGGCACAGGCAGGAUGAAGGUGAUUCUAGAAGUCCAGUCUUCACUCCCUAGAGAAAUCUGGGAAUGAGGCUUUGAAAAGGAGACCUGGAAAAUGAGAUGCUUACCUUGCACAGCCUGUUGCCACCAAAUGCACGUUCAUCAAUUCAUUCAUUCAUUCAACAGAUACAUAUCGAGGGCUUACUGUGUGCUGGAAAUGCAUUGGUAAGAUCCAGUAGUUCAUAGUUUAGCAAGGAACACAGCCAGUCAAACGGGAAGUUAGAGCAGGUGGGCACCAUGGAGGUGGCAGGGAUCUGAUGGGGGCCCAGAGGAGGGACAUCCAACCUACGCUGCAGAUGUGGCGUGGUGUGUGGUCCGGAAGGGCCUUGUGGAAGACUUGAUAUCUAAACCCAGACACAAGGCUGAAGAAGAGUUGGCUGGGUAAAAGGUGGGUUGUGGGGACUCUCAGGGAGGGAACAGAAUGUGUGAAAGGUUGAAGAUGAGAGGGAGCUGGGAGCCUUUUGUGUACUGGACAGGCAGAUGGAGAAUCAAUUUGGGCAUUUACAAGAGUGACAGAAAGGAGGUGUGAGAAGUCAGCCACCAUGCGGGGAUUUUCUUCUAUCAGGAGGAAACUUCCAUUGUUAACACUAGUCGGAAAAUUUCUACUCGGUAAUGAGGGUCCCGUGGGAGACCAAGAUUCAGCCCUGUCAUCACGUCUCUCUCCAGGGUUAUUGAAUUGAAAGCAUGCUCUUAGGAAUUUAUAAGCCCCCAAAUGUAAUUGACAAUUUUGGUCUUUUUUUUUUUUUUUGCCAUGCUGUUUGCUUUGAUUUCACAGGGUUUACUUCUAAGCAUUGGCAAUAACCAGGGCUGCCAUGUACAGCUGCACAGGUUGUAUCAGAAGAAGAGUGGUCAUGGCAGUGAACACAUAGAGGAAUGGUGCUUUCUUACCCCAUUCUUACAAGGUGUCCAUCCCAGUAUCCUUAGGAAGGAUGAUGUCAUUCUUUAAUUUAUAGAACCAAGCACCAUGUGCUAACAUCUGGAUCAGUUUUUUUCCUCCAAUUUUUUUCAUUCACUUUUUCUUUCCAUGUUUUAAUGAAAAUCUAUUUUGUGCUGGGUAUUGUACUAGACUGUAGAGAUAUUGAGAUAUUAAGAUACAAAAUAUAUUUCUAAACGCUGAAAGGAUCUGGGACAACCAUAAAACUUAGUGUUUUAUUUUUAGCUGUUUUUAAAUUAAAACCAUGAAAUCUCAGAGUUGGAAGAGGAACAAUAGGUUGUUUCAUUCGGACUCUAUCUGACAUUUAGCAUCCUGAGCUAUGUUCUUCCAACCUACACAACCAACAACAACCAUGUGGGUCUUCAUCUACGUAUGACAAAGUAAGAGAGUGCUGUGGUGACGUUACAGGCAAUAGGACACACAGACAUGCAUCCUUUCUUCUUUUAGAUAAAGAGCUGCCCCCAUGAAGAUUUUUCUAAACCUUCAAGGUGCCUUCCUGAGUCUUUCUGUGUCCCUUCCUCUUUUGCCUUUGUUUUUUAAAGCUUUAUUUUCCAUGGUACCUCUUUCCUAUUACACAUAAUGCUAGAGAUGUCUCAAUAGACAGCUCUAUGGAAAAUCUAGAAAAGAAAAGCUGAAGUGUGCUUCUUUCCAUGUUGAAUGGUAACAAUGCACCUUACUAUUCAGUGUGUCAAAUUCUAAAAACCGGUUUUAAUUUUAGGGAAAAGGACCCCAGUGCCUUCUGUAGCACAAAGGAAUGUCCUUACUAUACAGAACUGGGCUUCUAGAACAGAUGUAAACUGUGGAUGGUCCUGCUCUGUUUAUAUCUAAACCAGGUUAUUUCCCUACAGUUGAUCUUUUCACAACUAAAUUAUACAGUGGAGAAUGUGUGUGUCUUCAUUUCAUAGAUGUGGUUAGGAUUAUAUGGCUGUAUGACAUAAUCCUCAAACCCCAAACUUCAUGACUCAACACAGAUUCAGAGAUUUUUAGAGGUAACACAAACCUGGGCUCUCAUUUAUCUUAUUUUUAACAGGUGAAGGAGCAAAGGAAUGGAAAUAACAUACAAUGCUCAACUUUGGUUUGCUAAGUCUUGUGCGUGUGUGAUUUCAUUUAAUCUCUAAAACUCACAAUAUACGGAUGAUGUUGGUUGAAGUCAAGUAACCUGACGAAGGUCACACAGCUUAGCAAUAGUGGAGUCAAGAUUUGAGCCCUGGGCCUCCAUUUUAUCCUUCCUGCUACAAUUCCUCCAACCCAGAGAAGUUAAUAAAUUGCGAAAGUCACAGGUCUGUUAAAAUCGACGCCAGGGUUCAAGGCUUCAUCUCCUAAACUGUAAUCUUAUGAGCUUUCUCUCGUAACAUAUUCCUGUACAAGGCACCUACAAAACCUAUAAAUGAGACGGCAAAGGAAGCCAUCAUUCAGUGACAAAGGUGGUUUUGUAAAGCACUGUCCAUCAGCGUAAUGGGGUGAUUGGGAUGGGCUGGCCUGUUGGCUCUUGGUUAAUCAUCUGUGUUUCUCAGUCCCUAUGUCUCAAGUUCUUUCUCCUACUAGCCCGAAACCACUUUUCCCUAGACCACAAUGCCUUUGCUUCCAAAGCUGCCCCGGACCAUGCCUUCCAUCUACACCUCCUGUCUCUUUCUGCUCUUCCCACAUUGGAAUGGCUGGUCAUACUCAUCUGGGAAUCAAUUCCUUGUACUCUGGGUUGUGAACCUGCUCAGUGGUUCAUGGAUUGUAGAUUCCCGCUUCAGGAUGAAUCUGAGCUCCGUGUCUUGCCCUCAGAGCUCAGUUGUCUCGUGGUUCCAUGAACCCACUCCUAUCUCAUUCUUGUGUUCUGUGGGGGGGUCCCUCACACAUGUACUCCUUAGAGCAGGAACCAUGUCUAAUUUAUCAGUGUAUCCCCUGGCCUGGCACAGAGUUAGGGUUCAGUAAGUAAGUACCAAAGAGGGCCGGUUCUUUGGAAGCUUGUGUUUUCUUCUCUAGCGCCUCAUCCAAUACACAGUAACUGAUUCCCGUAAAGAAAGGGUUUGACGUUCGCUCACGUUUACCCUCUAAGCUUCUGAAUUUGCAGGAGAAAAGUAGUUUCAUGAGUGAAGACGUCAUCAUGGCAGUGUUCUGUAAUGGGAAGAACUACUGUGUCUCUGGGGCAUGCCUUCAAGCCAGGGGCUGGGGUCAAGUUUCCUCAUCUAUAAAACAGGCUUUAAAAUGUCUCCUUUGAAAGGUAGUUGGCGCGGGGGGGUCUGGAUUAGAAAGAGGUAAGCAGAGUGUCUGGACCAGUACUGGUGUCAAGUAAGCAUUUUAAAAUUGGGGGAAUAGCUCAGAAAUAUUUUAUAGCAAAAGUUAGCUCUAAGGAAUUUUCGUUAUAAUAACUCAAUACAUUUUUACAUUCAUACACAACGGCUUGAGGGAGAUCCACUGUGUUUGAAACUUCAGGCUUAACCUUCCAGAAAUCAGAACAUUUUGUUGUGAUUCCAGGAGCCUCCAAACUGGAGUUUUCCAGCUCAGUUCUGUGCAUGAUUGGAUGAUCUAUGUAGUAAAACUAUUUUCCUGCUCAGGGUAUAAUGUAAGUCAUUGUUAAGUUGAGAGGAAGGGCUGAAACCUGACACCCAACUGAGAACAAUAUUACAUCCAAUUUAAGGUGUUCGGAAGUGUUAGUUCUGUAAAUGUCAUUCAGAAUCUUUUUAUUGCAUCAAACUGAAAAGACUUUUAGCACUUGGGCUGAAAUGUCUUUUAGUCCAAGGUUAAACUUAUUGCAUAUGACGAAAUACCCUGCUUCAUCCUUCUUGCUCCAAGGAAUUUUAAUAAUAAGCCAGGUACAUCUGAUAACCUAUGCAUAUAUCUUUUGCUUGUUUUUAAACAAUUUUUUUUCUUAAAAGAGAGCACCCCACUCUGUCCCACAUACUCUCUUGCUUGUGUGUAACAAUAUCAAAGUCUGUGAUUUUUACCUUCAUUCAUGAUCUUCCUAUAACUCACACCUGAAUGCAUUUCUUUUUAAACAGUGUCUAUUUAUUCUGUCCCGAGUUCUGUGCUAAGCACUGGCAGCUACAGAAGUUCGUCAGACGAGACCCUGCCAUACAAAAAUGUAUAAUCUGGGGGGCCGGGCGGGGAGUGGACAUCCACAUAAAUAGAAGAAUGUCCAUAUAGAUAAAAUAAGGCAAGAGAGCAGAUGGGAAACAUUGAGAAUAUUAUCGUCCUGGCGCCUCUUAGAACAAGUCAAACUCCUGAUAUUGGGGUUCCAGCAUCCCAUCAGGGUCUGGAAGGAGGAAACCAGCCCAGAUGAGAUGCUGCAGUGAUCUCAGCUGUGCCACCCAAGCAGGACCUCAAAGCUUCCUUGGUGACACUGACGCCAUCCCCAGGUCAGUGUCAAGUUAGGAAAUUUGCAAAAGGAGAAGCUCCGUGGUACAUAUUACAGCUCAAUGUGUCAAGAAAUGCCGCCUCCUGACUGGCAUAUUAUCUGUCUGCAAUACAGACUCUUUGGAUGCUCUGUGGUUUUAAUCUUUCUACUUAUUUUCAAAUUAAUAGAUAAAAAUAAUUAUCAAGCAAAUAAAUGGUCCACUAAUUGUGUCCGUAAACAUUAUCUCAUUCAGGCUCGACCAAGAGAACUAACCUGUGGCUUUUGUUCAUCAAUCGUACAAUGUAGGGCUCUGGAAUUUAUUUUGUUCUAUUCUGUUUUAGUUCAGUUUUCAAAUGUGACCUCCUACCUUGUAGAAGGUAAAGAGAGGCAGUGUCUUCAACAUGGUCCCUUUCUCUGAAAAAGAACCUGAAUGUAUAGCUUGAUGCCACUGUGAAUUCCUAAUGCAUAUUUAUUCUGGUGACAAUGUCUGUGUACAAUAAUUACAAUCUCCCACACACCCUUGGAAAUUGUCUGUAAAAUUAUGAUGAUGGGAAUAACAAAGUCAUCAGAACCGAUAUAAUUCUACUAUUUUUCUACAUUUGCUUUUUUGGUCGGCGUUUUGUGUAGCUCGUGAUGUGUAUCAACGAUAAACAACAACAAUAAUAAAAAAAAUCCUUUGACUUUC